AUGCCGCAGCCAAACCUGAGCGAAGAUCAGGUGGAAGAGUUCGCAGCCUUGCGAUGCAACUUUCCUAUGAAGAAGCAAACUUGUGGUGCUGCCAUAAAGGAGGGCGUCUUCCUACGUUGCCGGCACCUGCUGUGCAAGGAGCAUGCGCAAGAGUGGUUCCUUCAUUCAGAUGAGUGUCCCGUGUGCCGUAAUGGAGUCUGCGCAAAGCGGCGCCAUGUUGGUCGAGCUGAUGACAGGGAGCGCCUGAAGCUGCUGCAAGAGCUCCUGGUAACUUCGUCGCCGCUGGAAGUCCAGGAGGCUGCUGCCGUGGCGCUGGAGUUGUGGGAGGGCCAGAAGGCCGAGGUGCAAGGCUAA